AAGGAAAAAAACUUUUCAUGUUUCUUUAUAUUUCAUUCCCUCCACCACUUCUUCAAGCAUCAACACACUUCUUCUUCUCACAAAACAUGGUGAUGAUGAAGCAUUAUUUCUUCUCUCUCACACUUCUUCUAAUGGUUUUUGUCUCUUCCACUACAAUUCUAGCUCAGAAAUCACCUGCUCCGGCACCAUCUGCUGAUUCACCCCCGACGGACAUUAUAAGAAUCCUCAAAAAGGCGGGAGGGUACACCACGCUAAUCCGUCUUCUCAAGACGACACAAGUAUCCACCCAAAUCAACUCUCAACUCUUAAACUCGAACGGCGGUUUGACCUUGUUUGCAGCGAACGAUAAUGCUUUUUCAAGCCUUAAACCGGGUUUCCUCAAUUCACUUAGCGAUGAACAAAAGAACAAGCUCAUCCAAUUCCACUUGCUACCUACAUUUGUAGCAAUAUCGAAUUUCGACACUCUUAGCAACCCGGUAAGAACACAGGCGGGUGAUGAUCCGUAUAGGUUGGCGCUGAAUGUAACAAGUUCAGGAAACCAAGUGAACAUAACGACUGGCAUUGUUAAUGUCACGGUUGGUGGAACUGUUUACACCGAUCACCAGCUCGCGGUUUACCAGGUCGACAAGGUGCUCCUUCCUCGGGACUUCUUUGUUGCUAAGCCUCCUGCACCGGCUCCAGCGCCUGAAAAGGCGAAGACAUCGUCUAAGAAGAAAUCUACUGACAGCGCUGAAGUUCCAAGCGGAAACGACGAUUCUGGCGCUUUUACUGUGAAACAGCGGCGUCUGAUGUUGGUUCCUGUUGCAUUUGCUACAAUGAUAGUAGCAUUACUUUCAGGGUGAAGAUGAUCAUAUGUCAAAGGUUAAUUAAAGAUGAAGUGACCAUGCAAUUGGGGAGGGUUAAUUGAUCUACAAUUUGUAGAUUUAUAUAUAGUGCUUUUUCAAUUAUUGUCUUGUUAUUUUUUGUUUAUUUCUUGUUUCUCAUUUGAAUCAAAUCAGUUUGUAUGUAUGCUGCUGUUAAAAGAAAAAAGCAAUGAUCUAUGCUAAAUUGAGAAAGCUUCCUAUGAAAAAACCAGUAAUCCUAAAAUCUUAUGUUAUUAAGCCUUUUAAGAAUUUAACAAUGUCAUGAUCAAAAGUAAGUUACCGAAGGGCUUGUGUUUACAUUGAUUAUGUUGCAUGUUUUGUUUCUUG